AACGUCACAACAAUAACCUCAAUAAUCAUAAUAACAAAUAAUCGUUUUUGUUAGGUUGUUGGAAGAAAAUUAAAUUGAUUAUUAUUAUACCAAAACCUUGGUCUAUAAGCGCUUCUAUUAUUAUUUCAAAUGGGUAGAACAUCAAAAGUUGUCGUUUGCGGCAUGAAAGGGGUUGGGAAAACUACCAUUCUACAUCAAGUGAUUUAUGGAAAUGUAACAACAAAAACAGAGUUUUAUCCAACUAUAGAGGAUAUUUAUGUGGCCAAUAUAGAGUGUGAUAAAGGGACUCGUGAGAAAGUGAGAUUUUACGAUACAGCAGGGAUAGAGCAAUCACUUACAAGUACAGCGAAUGGAACUACAAACCAACAAUUACCAAGACACUAUCUAGCAUGGGCAGAUGGCUAUAUCCUUGUAUAUGACACUGAAAAAUCAGAAUCUCUGGACAUACUAGUUGCACUGAAAAAAGAUAUUGAUAGAAACAAAGACAAAAAAGAGGUAAUUAUCACUGUCAUCGCUAAUAAAACAAAGGAGGUAGAAAAUAAUGGAUUUGAAUCCACCAUCAGUAAGGCAACGGCAUGGUGCAACCGAGAGAAACUGAGGCAUUUUACUGUAAGUGCAUUUGAAAGGAAAUCCCUUUAUGAACCAUUUGUUCAUAUAACGAAUAAAUUGAACCCGUCACCAAACAAAAGUACCUUCACACCUCUGUCAAUGACAAGGAAAGUGUUGAAAGAUUCUGUAGGGUGAUACGUGUUUUGUAUAACUCCAUUAUGAUCUGCUAUUUAUUCAUGUUAAUUUUUAUAAUUUUAUUAUUCCUAUUUUGAUUGAUCAAUCUAUAUCUGCAUCUCAUUUUUAGUCAUAGUUACUAUCGUUAUGUAUAUAUAUUCAAAUAAAUUACGUUUUAGUGUA